AAUACUUUCUAGAGAGAGAAAGCCAGAAAAAGAGGAGAGAGAACAGAUAAUUAACCAAAUCAACCGAUCAUCAUUCAACUCUCUCUCUCUCUCUCUCUCUCUCUCUCCCCUUCUUCCAAUCUCUACAGUUUACAAAAAAGAGGUCACUUUCUCAAUCUCUUUGGCAAAUCACUCCCAAGCUCAAACUCUCCCAAUUCGUAUAUACAUUAUACAUAUUAGCUGAGCUGAGCUGAGGUCCUCUGUUUCUCGAAUUUCGAGGACUUGGAAAUAUCACUGUUUCAAUACGAUCAUUAAUAGAUCGAUACUGUGCAAAGCAUGUCACGAGCUUCCAUUUCGAUUAAUCUUUUGUAUUUGUUGUGAUUUGUUUGAAUCCAUCCUAAUUUGGAUUCUCAGUAAAAAGUUUACUAUUUCAAUAGGAUUGUGUGUUCAAAAAAAAGUACCAUCUUUCGAUAGGAUUGUGGGUUCAAAAAAAAGUACCAUCACGAGCUUUCAUUUUUUGCGAUUAGUGUUUUGUUUUUGUAUUUGUUUGAAUCCUAAUUUGGAUUCUGUGAAUGUUUAGAUCAAAGGCAAAGGCGAGUAGAAAAGUUCGAAUCCGAGGCAAUUUCGUUUUGGAAGAGGGUAAAAGACGUAUAGUGUUUUUGUUGAUUGUGUUUUGUGUUCCGUUUUCAAGCAAAAAAGUAUAUCCGUAAAGAGAAAAGGGGAGAGAGAGAGAGAGAGAAGGAAAACGAGUUUCUUUUUGGUUUGGAUUGGAGUGUUAUAAAACACAACAAAAGAGUCUCUUACUUUAGUAUGCGAGAGCACGAUAGAGGAGUGAGGAACGCGGUUGAAGAAAAAGCAAAGAAGCAAUGCAGAAUAUGAAGAAGAAUAAGAGUACUAGUAAUGAAGAAGUUCCCAAGCUAAAAGAGCGUCACAUAGUUUCAUGGUCCCAAGAGGAGGAUGAUAUACUUCGUGAGCAAAUUCGUAUUCAUGGAACUGAAAAUUGGACUAUCAUUGCAUCAAAAUUCAAGGACAAAACAACCAGACAAUGCCGAAGAAGAUGGUACACUUAUUUGAAUUCUGAUUUCAAGAAGGGGGGAUGGUCUCCAGAGGAAGACUUGCUCUUAUGUGAGGCUCAAAAAAUAUUUGGUAACAGAUGGACUGAAAUAGCAAAGGUGGUUUCAGGGAGAACUGAUAAUGCUGUGAAGAAUAGAUUCUCCACCCUGUGUAAGAAAAGAGCAAAACAUGAAGCCUUAGCAAAAGAGAACAAUACUUCAUACAUCAAUCCAAACAACAAAAGGGUCAUCUUUCCAAAUGGGUCGAGCACAGCUGGAAUAUCAGAAAAUGCUACACCUCUGAAGAAGUUGAGGAGGACCCAUAUCUCUGAUCUCACAGAAAACUGCACGCGUGGAGAAAGGUUGCUUGAGGAAUGUGGAACAACAAGAAGUCAGCAGCUAAGGCCUCCAUUUUCAGUACUUCAGCAAAACUUGCACAAUGUGGGUGACCUGCCCACUCAGAAUCAUAUCAACACCACCAAGGAGAUCUCCAAUGAUGCUAGCAGUUACAAGAUUCAAGGAACAUUUCUUAAAAGGGAUGAUCCAAAGAUAUUUGCAUUGAUGCAACAAGCAGAACUGCUCAGCUCGCUUGCAGUCAAAGUUAAUACAGAGAAUAUGGACCAGAGUCUUGCAAACACAUGGAAGGUUCUCCAAGAUUUUCUCAACCAAAACAGAGGGAGUGAUAUGCUUGGUAUUAGCAUAUCUGAUAUGGAUUUUCAAUUAGAAAAUUUUAAAGACUUGGUAGAGGACUUAAGAAGUAGUAGUGAGGGAAGUCAUCCAUCUUGGAGGCAACCUGAUUUAUAUGAGGAGUCCCCAGACAGCUCUGAGUACAGUACAGGAUCAACCCUCCUCUCCCAGACUGCAGGUGAUAAGAUGGAAGAGAGUCGAGAGGAGCUGUGUGCACUACAUCUUGACAGUGUAGCUGAAUCACAAUCAACCCAUAUAGGAGACCAAAUUUUUAUUGGUGAUUGUGAAAAUGGAAUUCUCUCUGGUGCAAUCACGAAUCAAGAUAUGUUACCGUCUUGUGAGGAUCUAAAAGACCGCGAUGGAGUCAUUUCUGUCUUCUCAAGUACCGAGUAUGGUUCUCCUCUUCAAGUAACCCCAAUUUUCAGAUCACUAGCUGCUGGUGUUCCCAGCCCAAAAUUUUCAGAAAGUGAGAGGCAAUUCCUAUUGAAAGCACUUGGAAUGGACUCACAAUCCUCAAAUCCUAGUACCAAUUAUUCACAACCUCCAUCGUGCAAACGGGCUCUCCUCCAAAGCCUAUGAUCAACCUUACUGAUCCACCUCACAAUACCGAGUUCUGCAAGGUUUGCAGCCACUAUAAUUACUAAAUUACCCUGAAAUUUUCGACAUAUAGAGCUUUUUCCUUCUCUUUUUUCGAAUUCAUUUCCCUUCGGAUCGCAGUCAUUGCAACCUGAUUUCUUUUACAAAGAGAGGCCUACUAAGAUCUGCGUUUCAAAUCCAGAAUGCUACGGUGUAUUCUGGCAUUUCCCUGACAGAUCUAACAAUAUGUUCUGCGUUCUCUUAGAACCCUAAUACUUGCGUUAAUUUUUUCAGUGUGCCAGCCUUUGAAGUGUGUCAUCAUUCCAUUUUAUUCAAUCUUGUUCUGGGAUUCAGAUGUGGGUAUUCCGGGUCCCAAUCAAGUUUUUGUUCUUGAGUUGUCAUUUGUACAGAACCAGCAUUGUUUUAUUUCCUACUAUUUUUCAGAUUGUAAUUACACAUCGUCAUCUCGACUAUAUUACCCCCUUAGGGAGGGGGUCUAGAAGAAGGAAAAACAAAAACUAAAAAAAGGAGGAUCAAGAAUUUGAAUUGAUCUCCUAUUUGUGGUUCUUAGGUGUGCAGAGGGUAUAGAAUAAUUUUACUCUUUUUUUCUUUUUCUUUUUCUUUUUUUUUUUCACACAUAUUUUCAUGUAAUGUAACUUAUAUUGAUUGGAGUGGAGAAUGUGAUAUGGGUUUUGUGUGCAUAGAAUUUA